AUGGAAGGCAAGCCGGCCACCGCUUCCAAGACGACCGUCGAAGCUCUUCGGGAACAGUUGGCCCAACUCAACCUCAAUACCGGAGGCAACAAAUCCGAACUCAAACAACGAUUGCGCAAAACCAAGAAGAAGCUGCAAGCCCAAGCAGACAAAGCCAAACCGAUCGAUCCACCGUCCGACCCCCAAGAUCCCAUUGAAACCUCCCCAAUGAAUCGAUCAUCGCAUCCGACGAUCCGACCACAGCCUCACGAUUAUUAUCUAUUUUUCGACGUGGAGGCCACUUGUGAAGCAGACGGAUCAUUUAACUUUCCCAAUGAGAUCAUUGAAUUUCCUGUUGUUCUUGUGGAUGGCAAGACAUUCGAAAUCGAAACCGUGGAUGCCAGUCCCUCGUUUGUCGAAGUAUUGAAUGAUUUCCAAAAAUUCAUGGCCAAAUAUUCCCUUUUUCAAGAUAAAACAGCGGCUUUUGUCACUGAUGGACCUUUUGAUAUCCGGGAUUUCAUUACCAAGCAGUGUGCACACAGUCGGAUCAAGAAACGACCUGCGUAUUUCUCCGUCCCCUGGGUCAAUAUCCGAAGACUGUUCAAGGACUUUUAUGGCUAUUGUGACACGAAAAACAUCAGCGGUAUGUUGGAUGCCCUGGAUCUAAAGUUUGACGGCAGAGAACAUUCUGGAUUAGACGAUGCUCGCAACUUGGUUUUUAUUGCUCAACGCAUGCGAAACGAAGGAUGUGUAUUCAAGUGUAACAUUGCCUGGGACGAACGCACCCGCCGAGCCCACGCCAGGCGCCAACAACGUCGUUAUUAA